AUGUCUCCUGUUCACUAUAUCGACCCAGAUCCAUUCCCUCAGCCAUCCUCGACAGUCCCGUUCAAAGUAUAUGCAGCUUCAUCCUCUGAAGCAGCCUCAUUACAUGGGCAGAAAGCGAAAACACCAAUCAUUGCAGGGUCGAUAUGUGGUAGUGUUAUGGGAUUAGCUUGGCUUAUCGGACUCUUCAUCUAUAUCAGAAAACGUUAUAGACGAAAGAUACGAAAAAGAGCAGCUGAAGCCGAGGGCAAAGAGCCACCAGCGCUCAAGUCGAAAAAUGUUGAACCAGGAGAGAAAAUCAUCAUUCCCCCUGACCCCGCUGUUAUCCUUGGCCAUGGUCGACCUGGCGAAUACAUUUCACCGGACAGCGACCGCAAGCAACGGUCCUGCCCACCUAGUCCUCGCCCCCGACUGCAUGAAAGCGAGCCCGUCAUUCCUACUGGAAAUGCAUUCGCUACUAGCAAUCCUGAUGAUGCAGGCAUGCCUGGAUCCUUUCCUCUCGCUACUUCAAAAUCAUUUCCCGAGGAACCGAGACCUCACUGA